UUUAAUUUUUUAGUCCCCAGGGUGAUCACAUUAUCAAAAUGAGAGAAGGGAAUUUGUGGAGCAGGGACACCUGAUAACGAUUUUAGUAGGAUAAUCCUACAAAGGAUGGCUCGCACUUUGGAACCACUGGCAAGGAAGAUCUUUAAAGGAGUUUUAGCGGUGGAACUUUUCGGCGUUUUUGGAGCGUAUGUUUUAUUUAGAAAGAUGGACACAAGCCAAGAUUUCAGGCAAACAAUGAGCAAGAAAUUUCCCUCCAUCUUAGAAGUUUAUUACAAAUCCAUCGAAUAUUCUGGAAUGUAUGGAAUCAGACAGCAAGAUGAAGAAAAAUGGUUGAACAACAAAAGUUAGGAGUUUGGCCAGUGAUCAACGUUUACCUUACUUUAUAGUAUUAGGCAAGAUUAAAAUUCCAGAGCCGAUAUGGAUGGAUUUUGGAGUAUUUAAGGCAAAAUGUAAAUUCUAAUUAAUCCAGAGGUUUUAUUCUUUGGACUAUUAAGAAAUUAUUGAAGGUAUGUUUAUUAUAUUAUAAAUAAAGUUUUGUUUAUACUAUUCAAAA